GGGGGCGGGGCGUCUCUGUGACGCCAGGGCCUGGGGUUAAAUGGCGAAGCCGGAGGGACUCCAGGUGGGGUUUGAACUGGCCAAUGGGCGAGCUGCCGACCGGGUGUCGGAAAAGGAGGCGGAAGAAGGGAGGAGUCGCUGGGUGUGGCGGACUGCAUCCGCCUCGGCGUCUCCAUGGCAUUACCCUGGCCUCCGAUUUCAACGACUUCUUAAGGAGGCGUUUCUGGGCGCAACCGUGCCGUUCCUGGUGAGAGUAGAGGGCUGGGGCGGGGGGCAUCCGGCCGGGACCGGUUCCCGAAGUGUAUCCCCCCGCCGCGCUCGAAGGUCUGACCCCGGCCAGCGCCGCCCCGAGGAUUCCCCUUCUCUCGGGGGACGUCACACACCUCAGAACCCCAGCCGUGGGGGGAGGUGGGGGUUAACGCAGGGGUUACCCGCCAUCCGGGCAUUUACCCCAUCCGAUGAUCUCGCCAGAAACAGCCCCGGAUGGCGCUAGCUCUACCUACUCAUGCUUUCUGGAUCUCCUGACCCGCCAGGCGAAUGGGGAUGUCCGCGUCUUGGGGUCUCGGACCCCGCGGGCGCGCCCGGGGAGAACCCCUGCCUGUUCCUUCUCUCGUUUCUCGUUAUCCCGCCGGAGAUCCCUGGGCCGGUCCUCUUCUGGGUUUCCACCUUGCGGGAAAAGCGGCGUAACGACAGUCACACAAAAAAAGGUCUUACGAACACCUUGUGGAACUCCUAGUGUAACAGUCACGAAGAGAAUGAUGAAGGACCGCUCUUCAACUCCCCCCUUACAUGUUCACGUGGAUGAGAACACUCCUGUCCACGUCCACAUAAAAAAGAUCCCGAAACCAACACCGGCCAAGAGCCAGAAAUCACAUAAACGUGGCAUGAGAGGGGACACUGUGAAUGUCCGGAGGAGUGUUCGAGUGAAAACUAAAGUCCCUUGGAUGCCUCCAGGCAAAGCAUCUGUCCGCCACUUAGGAUGCAAAUGGGAGAGUCCACCUCAUUGUCUAGACAUAAGUCCACCAUCUUCAGAAAAACUUGUUUCAGUGAUGCGAUUAAGUGACCUCUCAACAGAAGAUGAAGAAUCCGGUCACUGCAAGUUAAACCGUUAUGAGAAGAAGAUGGACAGUUUAUUGAAUACAGUUGGUUGUCUUAAAUCAGAGGUAAAGAUGCAGAAAGGGGAGCGCCAGAUGGCGAAACGGUUCCUAGAGGAGCGGAAGGAAGAACUGGAGGAGGUGGCCCACGAGCUGGCAGAGACUGAGCAUGAGAACACUAUGCUUCGACAGAAUAUUGAGCGUAUCAAGGAAGAAAAGGAUUUUACAGUGCUACAAAAAAGACAUUUGCAACAAGAAAAAGAAUGUCUCAUGUCUAAGCUCGUGGAAGCAGAGAUGGAUGGAGCAGCCGCUGCCAAGCAAGUAAUGGCACUGAAGGAUACAAUCGGGAAACUAAAAUCGGAGAAGCACAUGACCUGCACUGACAUCAAUACAUUGACCCGGCAAAAGGAACUUCUCCUCCAAAAGUUGAGUACAUUUGAAGAAACUAAUCGUACUCUUCGAGAUUUGCUGAAGGAGCAACAUUCUAAAGAGGAUUCAGACAAACUGAUGGAGCAACAAGGAAACUUAUUGAAACGACUGGCCGAAGCCGACUCAGAAAAAGCGCGCCUGCUGCUAUUGCUGCAAGAUAAAGACAAGGAAGUAGAAGAGCUGCUACAAGAGAUUCAGUGUGAGAAGGCUCAAGCUAAAACAGCAUCGGAACUCUCCAAGACUAUGGAAUCCAUGAGGGGACAUUUGCAGACACAACUGCGGUCUAAAGAAGCAGAAAAUAGUCGUCUUGUGAUACAGAUCAAGAAUUUGGAGCGCAGCGGUUCUCAGCAUAAGGCUGAAAUGGAAGCCAUCAUGGAACAACUGAAGGACCUCAAGCAGAAGGGAGACCGGGACAAAGAAGCCUUGAAGAAAGCUAUCCGAGCACAGCAGGAGAGGGCAGAGAGGAGUGAAGAGUAUGCCGAACAACUGCAUGUCCAGCUUGCAGACAAGGAUCUCUAUGUUGCUGAAGCCCUCUCUACCUUGGAGUCCUGGAGGAGCCGCUACAACCAGGUGGUGAAAGACAAGGGAGACCUAGAGCUGGAGAUCAUUGUGUUAAAUGACCGAGUGACAGAUCUGGUAUCACAGCAACAUGCCUUGGAGGAGAAGAUGCGAGAAGACCGGGAUAAUCUGGUGGAAAGAUUACACCGACAGACCGCAGAAUAUUCUGCAUUCAAACUUGAGAAUGAGAGGCUAAAGGCUAGUAUCACCCCUGUCGAAGACAGACUAAGUCAAGCCCAAAUUGAGGUCCAGCAGCUGAAGGUAUCAGUCAAGAACUACGAAGGGAUGAUCGACAACUAUAAGAGUCAGGUGAUGAAGACUCGGAUGGAAGCUGAUGAGGUAGCCACUCAACUGGAACGCUGCGACAAAGAAAACAAGAUCCUUAAAGAUGAAAUGAACAAAGAAAUUGAAGCGGCUCGUAAGCAGUUCCAGGCUCAGCUGACUGACCUUCAACAACUGCCUGAAAUUCUCAAAAUCACUGAGGCUAAGCUGGCUGAAUGUCAGGAUCAGCUUCAAGGCUAUGAAAGGAAAAAUGUGGACCUCACAGCUAUCAUAGCAGAUCUGCGCACCCGGAUUGAACACCAGGGGGAGAAGCUGGAGGUGGUGAGAGAGAGACAUCAAUAUUCUCAGGAGGAAAACAAACAGCUAAGCCUGAAAGUGGAAGAACUAGAGAGGAAACUUGAGUGUACUAGCGCCCAGAACAUUGAGUUCCUCCAGGUGAUUGCAAAGAGAGAGGAGGCAAUCCAUCAAUCCCAGCUUCGGUUGGAGGAGAAAACCCGGGAAUGUGGCUCUCUAGCACGACAGCUGGAAAAUGCCAUUGAAGAUGCCAAGAGACAGGUGGAACAGACAAGGGAGCGUGCAGUUUCCAAGGAAAGAACGGCUCAGAAUAAAAUCUUAGAUCUGGAAACACAGCUGAGUCGGACCAAAACAGAGCUCAACCAGCUACGACGGAGCCGAGAUGAUGCUGACCGCCGGUACCAGAGUCGCCUUCAGGAUCUAAAAGACCGUCUUGAGCAAUCAGAGAGUACCAACCGAAGCAUGCAGAAUUAUGUACAAUUCCUUAAAUCAUCCUAUGCCAAUGUUUUUGGGGACAAUGCUCUAACUACAUAUUUAACAAGUUCUCCCAUCCGUUCCAGAUCACCUCCCAUAUGAAAUAGCACUGACUCUUUCAUGGAGCCUGACUAUUGGGAAGAAUUUUUCUGGAAGUCUUUUUUGCUUUCCCUCAUCUCCAGUUGGUGAGAGCUUCAGACAUCUUGUCUAGGUCUCUUGCUCUGGGGAAGUCCAUGUCAAAUUAUCUUUAGCAUAGAAUGGAUUGGCAGUUUUAUAGCUUCCCCUUUUUUCCUCAGUUUAGAUCAGAUUGGAGUUAAUUAACCUGAAUAACAGUUUAGAUUUUAUAACAGCUAAACUUGUAUAUCUCUUAGAUACUUUGUUGACUGAAAACAUCUUUCUUCUAGACUCUUAACUCAUUGUUCCAUCUCCCAGCUGCUUUCUACAGAGAUAUUUAUUACCAGUUCCUUUGAGACACCCCUCUCCCAAUCACUUCUUAUUCUUUAAAGAAACUGAUGUGGUUUUCCCUUUUUUCUCCCAGAGAAAAAAGAAACUGUUAGUUACUGGCUUACAUUUUUUUUUUAGCAUGAACCCCCUCCCCCUGGCCAAGUUGUGAGCAUGUCUCUUUUUAAAACUAUUUCUAACAUUUCCUUCAAGAUUUCAAAAAAUCCCUUUGGAUAGUUACUCCAAUCUGCUGAACCUCUCGUGUCAUGAAAGCCCCAUGCCAUGAAGCCACACUUGUUUGUCCUCCCCAGAGCACUUAAGGAUAAGACAGUGUAAGAAUUUUGUUUUACUUUGCUGAUAGUUUGAUACUGAUUAUUUUCAGUGUUUACUUAAUUGUUUCAUUUAUAUCUGUGAAGUGUUGUUUUUAUAUUAUUUGAGUUUUGCAAGAUUCUUUUAUAAUUUUUAUUGGGCUCCAUUGGAUGAUCAGCACUCCCCUCCCAAAAUGAAUUAUUAUAAGGUGUUCUGUGCAACAAACUAUUAAAGAUUUUUAAAUAAUUUUG